AUUUCUUUUCUCUGCUCUCCUGCUUCUCGGCUGGCCCAGGGAUGACUUCCUCGCUGCCGCGGCCCCGGCGGAUGCCGUCGCUCGUGUGGACCGUCCUGCUGGUCAGCACUGCGGCCGCUUCUCAGAACCAAGAACGUCUAUGUGCAUUUAAAGAUCCCUAUCAACAAGACCUUGGCAUAGGUGAGAGUCGAAUCUCUCAUGAAAAUGGAACAAUAUUAUGUUCAAAAGGUAGCACUUGCUAUGGCCUUUGGGAGAAAUCAAAAGGGGAUAUAAACCUCGUAAAACAAGGAUGUUGGUCUCACAUUGGAGAUCCCCAGGAAUGUCACUAUGAAGAAUGUGUAGUUACUACUACCCCUCCCUCAAUUCAGAAUGGAACAUACCGUUUCUGCUGCUGUAGCACAGACUUGUGUAAUGUCAACUUUACUGAGAAUUUUCCACCUCCAGACACAACACCACUCAGUCCACCUCAUUCAUUUAACCGAGAUGAGACAAUAAUCAUUGCUUUGGCAUCAGUCUCUGUAUUAGCUGUUUUGAUAGUUGCCUUAUGCUUUGGAUACAGGAUGCUGACAGGAGACCGUAAACAAGGUCUUCACAGUAUGAACAUGAUGGAGGCAGCAGCAUCAGAACCCUCUCUUGACCUAGAUAAUCUGAAACUGUUGGAGCUGAUUGGCCGGGGUCGAUAUGGAGCAGUAUAUAAAGGUUCCUUAGAUGAACGUCCAGUUGCUGUAAAAGUGUUUUCCUUUGCAAACCGUCAGAAUUUUAUCAAUGAGAAGAACAUUUACAGAGUGCCUUUAAUGGAACAUGACAACAUUGCUCGCUUUAUAGUUGGAGAUGAGAGAGUUACUGCAGAUGGACGCAUGGAAUAUUUGCUUGUGAUGGAGUAUUAUCCCAAUGGAUCUCUCUGCAAGUAUUUGAGUCUCCAUACAAGUGAUUGGGUCAGUUCUUGCCGUCUGGCUCAUUCUGUGACUAGAGGUCUGGCUUAUCUUCAUACAGAAUUACCACGAGGAGAUCAUUAUAAACCUGCAAUUUCCCAUCGAGAUUUAAACAGCAGAAAUGUCCUGGUGAAAAAUGAUGGAACCUGUGUUAUUAGUGACUUUGGAUUGUCCAUGAGGCUAACUGGAAAUAGACUGGUACGCCCAGGGGAAGAAGAUAAUGCAGCCAUAAGUGAGGUUGGCACAAUCAGAUAUAUGGCACCAGAAGUUCUAGAAGGAGCUGUGAACUUGAGGGACUGUGAAUCAGCUUUGAAACAAGUAGACAUGUAUGCACUUGGACUCAUUUAUUGGGAGAUAUUUAUGAGAUGUACAGACCUCUUCCCAGGUGAAUCUGUACCAGAAUACCAGAUGGCUUUUCAGACAGAAGUUGGAAACCAUCCCACUUUUGAAGAUAUGCAAGUUCUGGUGUCUAGGGAAAAACAGAGACCCAAAUUCCCAGAAGCUUGGAAAGAAAACAGCCUGGCAGUGAGGUCACUCAAGGAGACAAUCGAAGACUGUUGGGACCAGGAUGCAGAAGCUAGGCUUACUGCACAGUGUGCUGAGGAGAGGAUGGCUGAACUUAUGAUGAUUUGGGAAAGAAACAAAUCUGUGAGCCCAACAGUCAAUCCCAUGUCUACUGCUAUGCAAAAUGAACGCAACCUGUCACACAAUAGGCGCGUGCCAAAGAUUGGCCCUUAUCCUGAUUAUUCUUCUUCCUCAUACAUUGAAGACUCUAUCCAUCAUACUGACAGCAUUGUGAAGAAUAUUUCCUCUGAGCAUUCAAUGUCUAGCACACCUUUGACUAUAGGGGAAAAGAACCGAAAUUCAAUUAACUAUGAACGACAGCAAGCACAAGCUCGAAUCCCCAGCCCUGAAACAAGCGUCACCAGCCUGUCCACCAAUACAACAACCACAAACACCACUGGCCUCACUCCAAGCACUGGCAUGACCACUAUAUCUGAGAUGCCAUACUCAGAUGAAACAAAUCUGCAUGCCACAAAUGUUUCACAACCAAUUGGGCCAACCCCUGUCUGCUUACAACUGACAGAAGAAGACUUGGAGACCAACAAGCUGGACCCAAAAGAAGUUGAUAAGAACCUCAAGGAAAGUUCUGAUGAGAAUCUCAUGGAGCAUUCUCUUAAACAGUUCAGUGGACCAGACCCACUGAGCAGUACCAGUUCUAGCUUGCUUUACCCACUCAUAAAACUUGCAGUAGAAGUGACUGGACAGCAGGACUUCACUCAAGCUGCAAAUGGCCAAGCAUGUUUAAUUCCUGAUGUUCCACCCACUCAGAUCUAUCCUCUGCCCAAGCAACAGAAUCUUCCUAAGAGACCUACUAGUUUGCCUUUAAACACCAAAAAUUCAACCAAGGAGCCCCGGCUGAAAUUUGGCAGCAAGCACAAAUCAAACUUGAAACAAGUAGAAACUGGAGUUGCCAAGAUGAAUACAAUCAAUGCUGCAGAACCUCAUGUGGUGACAGUCACAAUGAAUGGUGUGGCAGGUCGAAACCACAGCGUUAACUCCCACACUGCCGCUACUCAGUAUGUUAAUGGGACAGUACCAAAUGGCCAGACAACCAACACAGUGGCACAUAGGGGCCAAGAAAUGCUGCAGAAUCAAUUUAUUGGUGAGGAUACCCGGCUGAAUAUUAAUUCCAGUCCUGAUGAGCAUGAACCUUUACUGAGACGAGAGCAACAGGCUGGCCAUGAUGAAGGUGUUCUGGAUCGUCUUGUGGACAGGAGGGAACGGCCACUGGAAGGUGGCCGAACUAAUUCCAAUAACAACAACAGUAAUCCAUGUUCAGAGCAAGAUGAUCUUACGCAGGGUGUUUCAAGCACAGUAGCAGAUCCUGGACCAUCAAAGCCCAGAAAAGCACAGAGGCCUAAUUCUCUGGAUCUUUCAGCCACAAACGUUCUUGAUGGCAGCAGUUUGCAGUUAGGUGAAUCAACACAAGAUGGCAAAUCAGGAUCUGGUGAAAAGAUCAAGAAACGUGUGAAAACUCCCUAUUCUCUUAAGCGGUGGCGCCCCUCCACCUGGGUCAUCUCCACUGAACCUCUGGACUGUGAGGUCAACAACAAUGGCAGUGACAGGGCAGUUCAUUCCAAAUCCAGCACCGCAGUUUACCUUGCAGAAGGAGGCACUGCUACUACCAUGGUGUCUAAAGAUAUAGGAAUGAACUGUCUGUGAAAUAUUUUCAAGCCUAUGGAGUGAAAUUAUUUUUUGCAUCAUUUAAAUGUGCAGAAGACAUUAAAACUGCUUUAUCUUCCUGUCAGUAUCCCCUCCCACCCCUGCAACAGGACUUGCUUUAAAUAGAUUUCAGCUAUGCAGAAAAAUUUAGCUUAUGCUUCCAUAUUUUUUAAUUUUGUUUUUUUUAAGUUUUGCACUUUUGUGUAGUCUCCUUAAAGUUAUAUUUGUCUGUUAUGACCACAGAAUUAUAUGUGUGUGUAUCAAAAGUGGUCUCAAAAUAUUUUUUUAAGAAAAAAAGCAAAAACAAUGUAUUGCUGAUAAUCAGUUUGGACCAGUUUCUAAAGGUCAUUAAAACAGAAGCAAAUUAAGACAGGUUUGACUGCAGUGGUGUCUGGUAUCCAUGUUUUAUUUCUGGGCCCAAGCUAGUUUAUAUGUUGAACUGUUGUGAACAUAUUAUCUGUUGGACAUUCUUUUCUCUUGUGUUUUGUUUGAACGUGCAAUAGUCUAUAGUCCACAAAUAAGCUUUCUUAUAAGUUCUCUUCCUAACAGAGCACACAUUCUUCCAUGAGUACAUUUUUCUGCCCCACCCCCCAUACUUUUGGCAGGUCAGUUCUAUGACAGUGAAUUUUGCACAAGAGAAAGCAGCUACCUGAUUUCUUGCUUUCUCUCUCCUAAUGGAGAAUGCAGAAACAUUGUCUCAAAGGGCUCUAGAGAAGGAACUACCAAAACCUAAUUUGAAAUGCCAUUUAUUUUAACCUUCCAAGUCCUAAAUGUUUCUUUCCAGGCAUUUUAACAAACAUAUUUGGUUCUGGUUUUUGGAAGUUCAUAAGAGAGCAUAGAACAAAGUAGACAAAGUCAAAUAUUAGCCUUUUUUCAUUUUAUUUUAUUUUUUGUAUGUAUGUUCAUGUUCCAUAUUCAUUUAUUUAAGAAGCACAUUUUUAUCAGAAAACUUAUAGAGCUAUACUUAUAUGGAAUUUUUAAGUAGGUAGGUGGUUAAGACUACAUAAUGCUAUAGCCUUCAUUCUCUGAAUAGGCCAUCUUUCACUCAAAUAAAAUUACAUUUCCCAUUUAAAAUAACUUCAAAAAUAAUUUGUAGUUUUGAACUGGUAAUAUCUUUUUAUUCCCUUCCUAAGCAAAGCCUGGUGACUUUAUCUGAAAAUGAGUCCUCUUCCCAUGACCUAAAACACUGUGUGGAAAAAUCAUUCAUCUGGCAUGCCACAUCCCUGUGGAAGGAAGGAUUGCUGCCAAACUAUCAUUUUUGAGCAGACUGAGGCUUACCUCUUUUUUCAUAACUGUUUCUUCACUAAUCCUAUUUUCAUAAUUUCUCUUUCUGCCAGUUUUUCAUAUGAUCUUUGAUAUGUGAGAAGCAUUUAUUAUUUACAUUAUAAUAGAAUAUACCUUUUAGUGAUAACAUGUUAUAUAUCCUUCAAAUCAUAUUGUCUUUUUAAAAGCUUCCUUUGCUUCUUUCAUUACUGAUAACUAUCUCUAAACAACACCUCAGCAUGUUUUUUUUUAAAAUAAAGCACUUUAUGUCAAAUAAGGGACUUUUUUUUUUAUAAGCACAGAUUAUUUUCUUUCAAUUUGCAAACAGUGAUGAUCUCACUUAAUUUUUCCAAAUUCUCUAUAUAGACAUUAUUUAAGAUCUAAGAUUUUUAUGGGAGGUUAAAAAGCUAAGAGGAAAACACAAAUCCCCAUAUUCUUGCUUUUAGGUUUUUAUCUCUUGAACAAUAUUUUCUCACUCAUAUUCUUCUAUCUUCAUUUAGCUAAAGACAACCUAAAUUUCCCAAUUUUCUGUCCAAAAUAUUUAUGACUUACUAUAUAAGCCACCUUUUUUUUUUUUUUUUUUUUUUUUUUGCCAUCUGCUAUGAUCCUAUGAGUUAGAUGUUACAUCACUUAACAUUUAUUCUAUUUUUCUAGUGCCCGGGACUUCCACCUUUUAUGUUUUAUUGGCCCUUCUGUUGAUUCAGAUCUUUAACAUAUUUUUCAGUCUUCUGAUACAGUUAUUCUUCUGUCUGUGAAACAAAUUAUAUCUUUCCCACCAAAUUUUCACUUAGUUCUCUUGCCUUUAAAUGUCUUUGAACUGCAUUUCAGAAUAUUAUUUUCAAACAUUUGUAGGAUAUCUUUGAGUCAAAGUAAAUUAUAUUCCUUCUCCAAUUGAAAGCAUUGAGGAUAAAUAACCAUUGGAGGUCUAACACCAGUUAGACCUGAUUAUCUUUUCCUGACAGAAGAAGAGUUAUCUUACAUUCUACUUUGUGUUUAGGCUAGUUGGUUUUAAUUUUUCUAGCAUUUUUUUUUUGAUGUUGACUAAUAAAAUGCUUUCAAAAAUUUAUAUACCAAAUUAGAAGAAUCCUUAGAAGUUUCCCAUUUCAUGCAAGCAUAUUUAAAACAAAUAAUUUUCUUUCCCUAGUUUUUUUAGUAGACUCUGAAAAAAAUAGAAGUAGAAAGUAGAUCAUUUUAAUAAAUUUUAAAUUAAAUCAUAUAUCAGACUGAUUCAGAAUCUGUAAUCUACAAGCAGGCAAAAUUACUUAAAAUACUUGGUAACUUUAUUCAUCUAAUAAUAAAUGUUUCUUGAAGCUAAUAUUUAACUGCUAUCACAAAAUUUUGCAUGUAGAAAAGCAUUUGGGUGCUUUUGAAUAAAAUAUUGAAUGAAAUAAUGAAAUAAAAUAUUUAAUGAAUAAAUAUUAAAAUUCAUUUUGCUGGUUUUACAACCUCAAAAGCAUUGUAAUUGAUAACCAAAGUCUAAUAUUAAUCCCUUAACUAUCCUAAUUGUGUAUCAGAACUAAGUCAUUGAAAGAACUUGAUUUGAAUUGUGUUUAAACAAAAAUGAAUUAAUUAUGAAUCCUAACAUUGUUCCCCCUUUUUAAAUUCAUAAUUUGGUUGGGAAAACAUUAUCAGUGCAAAAUGUUAUGUGAAGGCACAGGAAUUAAAUAAUACAAUUUAUUAUAUACUGAAUGCUGCGGUAUAUAUACACAAUCUCUUGUAAUCUUCAUAGCAACAAUUUGAGGAUUAUAGUUAAUAUUCCCACUUUACAGAUUGAGAAAACUGAAACUAAGAGAAGCUAAGUAAUUUGCCCAAGUUCCACAUCCUAGUAAUAGAGAAAGCUGGGUUUUAACCUGGGGUUUACCUCUCCACAUCUCUUUCAUCCACACCACACUGCCUACACACUGUAUGGAAGGAUGUGUAAUAUACUGACAUUUUGUAAGAAAUUCAGUUACAACACUCCAAUACAGUUGUGGCUUGUAUAUAAGCCAAACCAGAUACCUUAAUGCCUUUAGAAGUUAGGCAAACAUAAAACAUGUAGACAUGUCUAUACUGACUAUUGCUUGAGAAAUAAUUAUUAAUUCAAGAUAAAAUUCAAUCCCACAUCUGCCAUCAUGGUUCUUAAAAUUGUUUCACUUUUCUUCACUCCUAAUAUUCUUACAUUGCAGAAAUAAAGGUAAAGCAAAUUUUAAGGGAAAAGUGAAGGUGGCUUGUAGGAACAGAGACUCCCCUAAAUUGAUUCCAUACUUGAUUUGAAGGAAUUAAUUUAACGUGGACUUUAAGUGUUAUCAAUCAUUUGACUUCAUCUUGAAAAUUUCUGCUUAUAGUGAAAAUUUUAUUAAUCCAGAAAACUAAUUGAGGAGGAUGUAGGAAGGAUACAAGGACAAUAUCUUUCUUAUGAAGGAGUUUCAAUAACUUCCUUAUAUGUACACACUUAUUCCAGAAAAUAUACAUUGGUUCUGAAUGUGAAAAUAACUAAAGAAAGGUAAAACACACAAGCAGUUAUGUGUUUCAGUGGGAAUUGUCACAAAAUUUGACAAGUAUUUUUAUUUAAAAUAUUUUCAAGUUUGGUAUCUAAAGCCAAAUGGAAUACCUGGUAGACUGCAGUUAUUUACUGAAUUUUACAUUCUCUAUAAACCUCUCUUCAUACUCAUUUGCUAUGGAAAAAUACGUCAAUACAGUUUUUGUUUCUUUUUUUAUAUUUAUGGAAAUGAAUAUUUUAUUGGAGGUAGUUAGCUCCUAGAACUUGAGAUUACAUUGUAUUUCUAUACAACCUUUUAUAAAUUUAUGUUGAACUUAAUGACCAGUUAUGUGCAGGUGAUUGUGUAACUAUUCAUGGAUUGCUUUCUCUGUUACUUUAACUUCCAAGCUAACUUGUUAGAAUCUGUACACAUGUAAGUUGAUUAUCUAGACCUGUUAUUCCAGAAAUUGUGUCACACUCCCACAUACACCCCAGGAGUUUUUUUUUUUUUUUUUCAGACCGAGAUGUUUCUAAAUAUACCUUUUGCUGUCAGUUUGCUCUUCAGCAGAUAAAAUUGCAUUUUAAUUUGUAGAUUCUGAACGAUGCAAACUUUAGCCAAAACUACCUGAUCUACUCUUAAAUAUAUUCUUUGAUUUAGUAAGUCUGGCAGAUCACUGUUUGAGCUAGUUACACAAAUGUUAUCAAAAUAAGGCUUUUCUAUAGCUUCUCAGAUUAAACUAACAUAGAAGAAAAGAGGAAAUCUCAGGGUGCUCUGGUGCACCUACCCAUUACUUUCGUUCAAUCACCUCUUUCUGACUUACUCUGUCUCUUGGUUAUCUGAUUUGCAAUCUUCUGUAUCAGGAAAAUUUUCUUCAUGUCUAUUCUGCUUCCCUCCUGUUUUGUUUUAAAAGCAUUUCUCUUCUCCAGCAGUAAAAAAAGAGAGUGAGUUGUUAUCUUCUCCACUAUUGUUAUUCUUCAGUAUGCUUCAGGCUUCUCAACAUCUAAGCCAGUUCUUCAGACAAAAUUACUUUGGCUCCCUUAGUAUUUUCUUCUCAGCCCUAUUUUUAGAACUAUUUAUGCUUAAGAACACCUAAAAUUAUAUUUUAUGUUCUAUUCAAAUUCAUUACUUCAGUUAAGUAAUAGUUCAGUAGAAUAGAAUUAAGAAUUAGGAUGUACCGUUUGACAAUGGAUCCAACCAUCAGAUUGUCAGAAAAUCAGUACUUAAGUUUAUAUUAUCUAACAUUUUCUAUUGCGGAGUUUUACAGUUUUAUAUUCUCAUUAGUUACAACUAAAAAGCCAUGCAUACAGAAUUGUAUGUAAUUUUGCCAUUAAGAAUUUUAACCUAUAUUGCAGCAAGCUUAGCAUUAUGAUUGAGCCACAACAUUUUACAUAUUUCUUUGUAUCAAAUAUUAAACACAAAAUGCAAGAUUAACUUUCAAAAACAAACCUUAUAAUAAUUAGGUAUUAUCCAUGAACAUUUCUGCAGACCACUUUUGAAAUACUUAUUAUUUUGCAACAUAAACUGGACUAUAACAAUUUUCAUUUAACUUUUAAGUGGCUGGCUAAAAUUGAGUGUUUGUGCAUAUAAAGCAAAAUUUAGGAUUUUAUCUCAUGACUGAUGCAUUUGAAAAUAAUUCAGAUUUUAUGCUGUAUAUUAAAAUUGUGCCCCAAAUCUUAUCAGAUCUUAAAAAUUUCAAUUCUGUUAUUAUUAGUAUGAUGUUCAUAAUGCUACUACUGAUUGUAGUGACAUUCAUUUUUAAACUUAAUUUGCAACCCAGAUUCUAACAUUUGGGUAAGAGAGAAGGAAUCUUUAGACAUAAAUCAUAUCACUAGGGCGUCCAGUUCAUCAUUGAAUUUUUAAGCAAAUUACUGGAUUUUAAACAACUUCUUAAAAAUGUUUCAAAAGGCAACAUAUAGAUUUUUUUUUUCAUUUUAUUUGUACUUUUAGAUUUCAGAAACAUCUUCAUGUUUUAGACGCACACUGUAGACCUAACAUUACUUAAAAACUCAGGGCCCUUUUCAUCCCUUUGCACAUGAGAAACUUUAAUUGGUAGCAAACAAGCAAUUAGUCCAGUUGAAUAUUUAAAGUGUUUGUUGCACACACAGUUCCUUUAAUGUUUCAUCUUAUGAUUUGACUUAAUUUUAAUAGAUAUAACAUCAGAUUUCAUUAAUCAUAAAAACUUGCCCCGUUCUAUAAUUACUGAAUAGAGGGAAAUGACUCAACUAAUUGGCUACAUGUUGCAGCAUAUUUAGGCCUUAGAGUUGAAACACCAUCUUAAGACCAUUUCCCUUCUUUGGGCAAAUGGUUAUACAUGAUGGGACAAAUCAUUUAAUUUUGCUUUGUUUUUUAAUGGGAGAACUUAGUAAAAUAGUUCCUCUGAGAUAAAAUUUUCUUGAGGUAAUUUAACAUAAAACUGUCUUCUAAAAGUGAAAUAAUGAGUUUAUAGUUUUAGUAAUAGUUUGGAUGGUUUUAAGAAGGUAACCUAUGGUAAGCUAUUUAUCACUUUGUCAGAAACAAAUGUUCAAGCUCCAAAUUGAUAUGCUGUAUACUUAAAAUCCUAGCAGUGAAGUUAUUUGUAACCAGUCUCUUGUCUCAGGCUCUCCACCUUAUUACCAAUUCUCUUGUGUAUGAUAGGGAAACAUAUUUUUAAAGAAGCUUAAUAAUAAAACUAAGUUACUAAAAGAUGCAAUUCAAAGAUAGGUUCCAGUUAAAAUUGAAUUGCUUGGCUUCUGUGGCUUUUCUUUUUCUCGUCACAUUUAUUUAUUUAAAGUUUUUGUAUGCCUUGUUGUCAUGUUUCCAUGGAAAUUAUAUUGUAUAAGUGUUUGUAUAAGCUGGAAUCAUCCUUAAUUUUCUGUUGAUAAUUUUUCAAAUAAAGAUAAGUGGAUAAUUGUAAAGUACACUAACUCUUAGGGUGUUGUAGUAGCUGAAACAUGGAGAUGUGUAGCUGCCAUGCUUUUUCUGAAUGGACAGGAGAAACAUAAGCUACAGAGUAUUCAUUUCUGAGGAUGCUUUUCUGGAAUAAGAAAGGCUAAAAAAUAUUGGCAAUUCCUCAGAACCCUCUUUCUUGUUAACGGGUAUCUUUUGUUGGUGUGUUUUGCUCUUACAUUACAGAUAGAAUAUCAUAUGAAUUUAUGAAAAAUUACUUUCAGUUAUUUUGCUUUUGUAAAAGCCGUCUGAGACCUUGCUAUGCUGUAUAAGUUGUGUUUGAUGGAUCAGUGUGAGUAUGAAAUAAAGCAAAUCACUUUUCUUUUGUAUUAUCUAUGGAUGCCACUAUGAAAGCUGACAUUAAGCCACUAAAGAGUUUUUUAUGAAUAAUUGUAAGUAAAUGCUUUGAUAUAUAUAAACCUAAAUAAAAAGAUUGUAUUGCUACAGAGACAUUGGAGAAGGAGAUUUUAAGACAGUUCUUUAGGUUUAAAAAAGGCUUGCUGUAAAAUGGUGCAUUAUUCCAUUUAUUAAAGAUCAUAUUAAUGACAACAA